AUGCCUAGAGGAAGCAAAAGAAGAAAUCAAGCACAAAGUGCAUUAUCUCAUCGCUGGUCAAGUGGAAAGGUUUCAUCUUCAAGCGAGUCAUCUAAUGAAGAAUAUAGCAUGGAUAUUGAUGAUAAGGAAUUACCUUUUAAUGAAAAACUUCUUCUGACCGACAUUAGUGAUGUUGCUGAAAUGUGCAAGUCAAAAUGUGACACGAAAUAUCUUAGCACUUUACUCUAUAUGUCAUUACGUUUCUUCAACAUCAAAUGGGAAGGUGUUGAUGACUUUUUGAAAAAAAUUGGUUUUAUGACGGCGGAAACUUCUCAUAAAUGGGCAACCGUAUUUAUCAGAGGCGAUUAUGAGGAGUUUUCAAAUGAUUUACGUGGCGGUAAACAAUUUGAUUCAUUUUAUGACACGUUUCCCGAAAUCGAAAUAGAUGCUAGAUCAUUCGUCGUUCAAGCAUGUUCGCAAAAGUCAGGAGAUUUCAAAGCGAUAGAUCUGGCUCAAUUUAUUGAUACAAAAUAUUAUGAAUUAACUGGAAUUAAAAAGCAAAUUGGUGAUGAUUUGAUAAGAUCGGAAUGCAGUUGUCGCCUGGAUCUUCGUAGAUGGGGAGCUAAAUUCGAAUCGAAUUCGCAACGGCCAUAUUUUGAAGGACAUGAAAGAGAUGACGUGGUUAAACAUCGUAAUGAAUUUGUUACUUAUUUUAUGACACACAAAGAUUUUUAUUACACAGUUACUGAUGGUGACACACCUAAAUGGAAUAUUCCAAGCCAAAGUCCUCAUAGAAUCCUUCUUUGUAAGGACAGCAAUUAAAAACUUUUAGAUAUAAUUUGUAUUAUGCUUUUCUUUGUGUUUAUCCUUACUAGUCCAUGACGAAUCAACUAGGCGUGUUACUUUAUCUUUACUUUAAAAAUAAAGAUAAAAAUUUACUUUAUCUUUAUUUUAUAAAGAAUAAAGAUAAUCUUUACUUUAAAAAUAAAGAUAAAGAAAUAAAGAAAUCUUUAUUUUUUUAAAAAUAAAGAUAAAGUGAAUCUUUAUAUUUAUAAAAUAAAGAUAAAGAUCAUCUUUAUUUUUAAAAAUAAAGUUAAAAUAAAGAAUAAAGAAUAAAAGAAUAAUUUGUCUGGAAAUUUCAACAAAAUAAAUAAAUCAUGUUAUAACAAUAA